AUGGAUGGCAUGAUAGGCGCUGCCGAGGGCCUACAUUCGUACAAUCGACGCUGCCUACGACGAGACCACACCACACAAGCGCUGAUUGACAUUUUGGUCGGCAAGCUGUCAAACACUAUCAAGCUGUUCAUCGAUGACAGUCAGGUGACUACCCCCAACGGCGUCGGGGGAUCACACACGGCCGGCCACUACUUUAUCGACGGUGAUGGCGGAUCCGGCUUGAUACAUGCACCCUACCAUGGAUGGACCUCAUCUACUGGCUGUGGUAGCUGCUGA